AAUUGAUAGAAAAUGAGCGCGGAAAAUGAAAAAGAAAACCUAAAACGUAGCGCAACGGAAGAUGCUCCAGAAGCAGAGCGAGAGGCUACCCAGGAAGCAGACGAAGAAGGCGAGGAUGAUGCCUGGAUUGGACCGAUGCCAUCCGAACAAAGCAUCGCGGUGCCGGCCAAAAAAAAGAAAGUAUUGCCCUAUGAACAUAUAUAUUUGGAGAAUUUGCCAAAUGCAGAAAGCUAUGAGCGCAGCUAUAUGCAUCGAGAUGUGAUUACACAUUUGGUGAGCACCAAAACUGAAUUUGUGAUCACCGCCAGCUUGGAUGGACACAUUAAAUUUUGGAAGAAAAUGGAUUUGGGCAUUGAUUUUGUUAAGCAUUUUCGAAGUCACUUGGUGCCGAUUAAAACGCUAACUGCCAAUAGCAGCGGUACUUUACUUUGUUCGGCGGCUGUCGAUCAAACAGCAAAGGUCUUCGAUGUAAUUAAUUUUGAUAUGAUCAAUAUAAUUAGGUUGGGUUAUACGCCGCUAUGCAGCGAGUGGAUUAACUCUCCAGGAGAUGCAGUGCAAGGAUUGGCCAUCACCGAUUCGGAAAGCAACUGCAUCCACAUUUAUGAUGGUCAGAGCGGAGGUGAAGCUUUGCGCACCUUGGAUAAAUUGCAUUCAGCUCCAGUUGUUGCCAUGUGCUUCAAUUUGGCAAUGGAAACGGUCAUCUCUGUGGAUCGUAAUGGCAUAUUGGAGUAUUGGCAGAACUCUCGGCAUGAUUACAAGUUUCCUCAACGUUUGGUUAGCUUUGACUCGAAAUUGGACACAAGCCUCUUCGAGUUUGCCAAGAACAAGACGCAAGUAACUGGUUUGGCAGCUUCGCCGGAUGGUAAACGUUUUGCUGCCAUUUCUACGGAUCGAAAAGUUCGUGUCUUUCAAUUUAAUACGGGGAAACUUUUGCGGGUCUUUGAUGAGGCUUUAACCACAUACACACAAAUGCAACAGACGCCACAUGCGUUGCCCAAUAUGGAAUUUGGCCGAAGAAUGGCUGCGGAACGUGACUUAGAGAAAACUGCACAGAAUACGACUUUGAAUAUACUCUUUGAUAGCACGGGACAUUUUCUGCUCUAUCCUACAAUGUUGGGUAUUAAAGUGAUCAAUGUUGCCACAAAUCGUUGUGUCACAAUUUUGGGUAAAACGGACAAUAUACGGCCUUUGCAAGUAGCUCUCUUUCAAGGUCGAAUCAAGCGGCAAAAGGCAGCAAUUACACUUGAACAGGAGGCCAGCGAAAAUCCAGCGUUACAAAAUUUGCUCAAUGAUCCAACGGCGUUUUGUACAGCAUACAAAAAGAAUCGCUUUUAUUUGUAUAGCAGACGUCUGCCUUCUGAUUUACAAGAUGUCGAUCGUGACAUAUUCAACGAGAAGCCUUCGAAGGAAGACAUCAUUGCCGUGCCAGAAGCUCAAGUUAUACAACGCAUCUAUGAGAAUGUAGUAUUGCAUACCACUAAAGGCGAUAUACAUAUGAAAUUGUUCUUCAAGGAGGUGCCAAAAACGGUGGAGAAUUUUUGUGUACAUGCAAAAAAUGGCUACUACAAUGGACAUAUUUUUCAUCGUGUGAUCAAAGGUUUUAUGGUUCAAACUGGAGAUCCCACAGGUACGGGUACGGGUGGAAAAUCCAUUUGGGGACACGAUUUCAAGGAUGAAUUUGUUCAGAGCUUAAAGCACGAUCGUCCAUACACUGUUAGUAUGGCGAAUGCAGGCCCAAAUACAAAUGGCAGUCAAUUCUUCAUAACUGUGCUGCCUACACCUUGGCUGGACAAUAAGCAUACAGUUUUUGGUCGUGUGUUUCGUGGCAUGGAAGUGGUGCUCAAUAUAUGCAAUGCCAAGGCAAAUCCCAAAACCGAUAAGCCAUACGAUGACAUUAAAAUAAUUUCAAUUCAUUUAAGUAAUUAAGCAAAAAAAUAUUAGCAAAA